AUGGCUUCGUCGAGUUCAUCGUCGCCGUUGGAAGACUUGGAAACCCAGUUGGAAAUGUUUGUAGAAAAUGUACGUCAAAUACGAAUAAUAGUCGCCGAUUUCCAACCCCAAGGGCAGACAGUAUUAAAUCAAAAAAUUCAAAAUGCCGUCACUGGCUUACAAGAAAUUAAUAAACUGAAAUCCAACGUACAAGACAUUCAUGUACCUUUAGAAGUAUUUGAGUACAUUGAUAGAGGACGUAACCCUCAGCUUUAUACUAAGGACUGUAUAGAGAAGGCGUUACAUAAAAAUGAACAGGUCAAAGGAAAGAUUGAUGCUUUGAAAAAAUUCAAAGCCAAUGUACUCACAGACUUGGGACAAACAUUCCCUAAUGAACUUAAUAAGUAUAGAGCAUUACGUAGCAAUUGUUAUGGUACUAGUAGUGUUGUAGCACCACCUCCACCACCACCUCUGAAUAUGUUAUCGUCUGUCACUUCAUUAGGGGGACCAAAUUCUCAACAGCAACAGCAAAGCUUACUUGGAGGAUCGAGUUUAUCAAUUCAACAACAGCAGCAACAAUUAAACAAUGCUUCUUCCAUAGGUUCCUCUGCCUCUUCUUGCUUGACUAACUCUCAACAGCAAUCAAAUUCCCCAAAUAUUACAUCAUUAUUAGGCUGUGAUGGUAUUUCCACUGUAUCUGUUGGCAGUAACAGUAACAAUAUCGGGGGUCCUCCAGGUACCUAG